AAGGAAGGUUCCGUUCCGAGCAACAAAGAUUUUGUUAUCGGUCGGAUGAUAGAACUCAUACCCUUUCGUUUCCUUAGGGUAUCCCACAAAUUUACACCUGUCAGAUUUGGAAUCUAGCUUACCAGACGUCAUGAGGCGUCUAACGUAAACAUCACAACCCCAAAUCCUCAAGUCUCUCAAGCGUUGUAUCAUAUGACGCACUUUCAUGCCCGCGUGGAGCCUUUAGAGCUCUGCGGUCAUACUUUCCAUAAUGAUACACUUAACAUCUCGCGCGUCGUCCUCAUACUUCUUGAAGGAAGUGAGUUCGGACGCACGGGCAUUGGCCUUAGGGGUCUUGGGAGUAUCCGUUUCGAGGAUGUAAAGUUUCCUCUCACAGUCAAGAACGAUUCGGAGUGGCCAGUGGUGAGCUUUGCGUCAUCUGACCGUACCAUGUCAUCUCACCGUGAUUUCAAGGAUAUCCCAGGUAAGAUUAAUGGCUUCUACAAGGGUGCUCCAUCUAUCUGUUUCACUUCGGAGGAAGAAAACAUUCUGGCAGGGAAAUUCAACAGGGCGUUGGUGGGUCGCAGCUCAGGGAAAGUCUCUCUUGCCGCUGUUGAACAGUUCCUCAUUAAAGGUGCGUUUAAAGAAUUCAAACUCAGGAGAAUCAACCCCCAUGAGAUACUUUUUAUCUUCAAGCAAGAGGAAGAUUAUCAAAGAUGGUUCUUACGAAGAAGAUGGGUCAUUUUGGGUCAGUCAAUCACAAUCUGUAAAUGGACUCCACAACACUCAGCUUCCAAGGACUCGCCAAUCGCUCCAAUCUGGGUUGAAAUCUUGAACCUACCUAUUCACCUGAAUGACCACAAAGCUCUCUUCGCCUUAGCAUCUACGUUGGGUAGACCUAUCAAACUUGAUGCUAAGACGGUCAUUGGGGUUAAACCGGAUACUGCCAGAUUCUGUGUGGAGAUGGACGCCUCCAUAUCAAAACCUCCUAAAGUGCAUGUUAGGUUGGGGGGAAGAGACCUUUGGCUUCCUUGCAAAUACGAUAACUCUCCUUCCUACUACAUCUCAUGCUCAAGGUUCGGGCACUCAAUCCGAUCAUGCCGUAAAAAAUCUCAGGUUGCCUUUUCCGGCAAUGCUCCGGCUGGAAAAGGGAACUUUCAGGGAGCUCAACAGGAUGGGGCCCAGGAUUCCAUGGAAUGGAAGGUGGUAAGAGGAAGAAGACGUGGUGGUCAGCAUCCUCGUGGGAGUGUGGACACUGAAUCUGGCUGGCAGGUUGUACCCCACCUUGUUGGUGAGUCCAGCAAUCAUGAGGAAAUACAACAACCUAAGGACAAACAUCCUGUCAGUGAUGAGGAAAUUGGCGAAAUAGUGGGCCCAUCAUCUAUUCUCAAUCACCAUGAGGUGGAUGAAAACCCUAAGCCUUAUCCAGACCUUUCUUACCUUGAUGUUUCAACCCCCACUACAUGCAUGGCUAUCGUCCCUUUUGUUCCAGCCCAACUCGAGGAAGAAAACACUGAGCCAAAACCUCUCAUGGGAAGCAUGGAUGACUCUUGGAUUGGGACACGCUUUGAAUCUGUUGGUUUGCAAAAUGACAGCAUUCCCCCUUAUGUGUGUCACUCAGAUGGUGGCGAUGGAGACUAUCCUUUCGAUUCCUCUGAGCUGGAACCCAUGAACAUGGUCACCCACUGCGAAUUUACCCUCUCCCAUGACAAUUCCCCACUUGCUAUCUCUUGUGUAUAUGGUGCUCACACAGUUGAUGGCCGAAGGGAACUCUGGAACGAGCUUCAAUCAUACUGCCCAAAUAAAAGGUGGAUUGUUGGAGGUGAUUUCAACGCUAUCACAUCCCCCCUGGAAUGUAAAGGAAAAUGCACACCCAACACUCAAGGCAUGGAAGAUUUUUACUCCUGCAUCACAAAUUGCAAACUGACCAGCCCUGAACCCACAGGUGGUAUCUUCACCUGGUCAGGAGUGAGAAGCCAAGGUAGGACCUGGAGGAGACUUGAUAGAGUCAUGGUCAACCUGGACAUGCUUGCCUACUACUCAAUGGUGGACCUGGCUCAUCUCCCAAAAGCCAACUCUGACCAUAAAGCUUUACUCCUUCACUGCAAACAAGCUGAAGCUCAUGGUGCAAGGCCCUUUAGAUUUAUCAACUCCUGGCUCCAUCACGACCAAUUCCUCAAGGUGGUUAAGGAUGCAUGGACAAAGAGUCCUACUGUUGGGGGGAUGAGAGGUCUUGUUUCCAAGCUUCAUGACCUUAAAAAAGCCCUUAGGGACUGGAACACCAAGGAAUUUGGCAACAUUUCUGUGAUGCUUAAAAAUGCAGAACAUGAGGCCCUAAAUGCACAGACUCAUUAUGAAAACUCCCCCUCUGAUACCAACAGAGAAGCUGCCCAGCUGGCCAAUGCCAAACUUGUUCGUGCAAUCAACAAUGAAGUAGAAUAUUGGAAACAAAAAGCCCACAUCAAAUGGCUUGACAAAGGAGACUCUAACUCCAAAUUAUUUCAAGCUUUUGUGAAAGGGAAACAGAAGAAGCUAGCCAUUAAUCACAUCAUUUCCAAAAAUGGGAAAGGCUUGCACACCAAAGAAGAAAUCUGUGAGGAAGCAAUCUCCUUCUUCAAGGCCCAAUUUACAGAUGAUCACUCCUCCUCACCCAGCCUCAUUUUGCCUUACAUCCCUAAAACCAUCACAGAGCUAGAUAAUGAUAUCCUUACUGCUCUCCCUUCCAUGGAAGAACAAAGGGAUAUGGAACUAUUUCAGGGAUAUGUCUUCUGGUCCUUCGUACUCAACCAAGCUAUCCCUCAGGCAACAUCUUAUUGUUUGGUGGAUCUCAGGUGACUCUAAUUCCUUCAAAGGGAAUGUGAGACUCAUUCUUCCUGGCAUCAUUACUUGGACCAUUUGGAAGGCUCGGAAUCUACAUAUUUAUGAUGAUCAGAGGUGCACCAAGGAGGGGGUGAUUCAACAAUGCUUCAAACAACUUCAAAGCUGGUGUUGGGUUAACAGGAACAAGAAAUGGAUGAUCCAUGA